CAGCCCAACUCUGUCGGUCGUUUUCACCAAGGCUGAAGACUCUGCGUCUUCGCCGCUGUCACUCGUUUGAAACACGCGUUUUCUGCGCGGCCAGGAGGAAUCGCGCCCUCCUUACUGUGUACUGCAGCAUCAGUAGCAACAACACCACCACCACCGCCGACGGCAACGAAACCCAGCUCGACGACGCCACUGAACCCCCCUCGGUCGAACAGCAGAUUCUGGCGCCAUCGAGACACUGUGUCUUUCCUCCCCGCCAUCGCGGUCGACACCGGCCCAUCUUGUCUCACCCAGCCUACGUUCCGAUAGUCCGUGCUGCCUGCGACAAUCAUGGCGGGCCACCUGAGACAGCGCUGCCGGCCAAACGUGGCUCAUCUGGUCUUGGGUGCCUUUGCCGUGGUCGCCGCUCUGGCUUCGCCGGUGAGGGCCACGGAUGGACUUUUAUUGCCCGCCCAUAUUACAGCGCCUCCUGCGCAGCUAUCAGAUGUACAUGCAGCAAUCGUCACCGAGGCUGCGACCAUGGACGCACAAGAGCUGCGUGUGCGACACGAGUACAAACACAUGCACAGGAGGGCGGACAAGGAGGACGCGAAGGAGGACGAGGAUACGGAUGAGGACAAAGAGACCAAUUCGGGCAAGGAGAAAAAGACGAGUGAUGACACGAAGAGCGACGAGGAAACCAAAACUGCCGAUGACGACGAGGACGAGAGUGACAAAGAGACCAAAUCAGUGGCACCUACGAAGAUCGUGUCGGCGGACCCUGAUGACAUCGCUACACGCCCCUUGUCCGUUGCGUCCUCGGCGUCACCAACAUCCAUUGACCCCGAUUCGCCUUUGCCCACGCCUUUUGACGGAACGGCCGCGUCGGAAUUCAGAACUGCCGACGGCGACGACAGCUGCCCGGACUAUAUCAGCCGACUACUCAGCAGCCCGACAUUCAACGAUUGCUUUCCCUUGUCGAUGCUGGUGACGAAAUCGGACAGCUUCUUUGAGGCUCGACGUCAACUGACCAGCAUGGUCCGCGUCCUGGAUGCUUCCUGUGGCGCAGACGUGGACUCGUGCGGCGCCUUUAUGAACACCGCCGCCCGCAACCUGACCGCCAAGGAGAACUGCCAGGAGGAGUAUAAGCAGGGAGUCACGGUCGUCAUCGACGCCUACUACGGCCUCAUCAACUACGAGGUCAUGUACGCUGCUACCUGCCUCCAAGACCCGGACACCGACCAGUACUGCUAUGCGGGCGCCCUCACAAACCACACAAACACCUCUGACCGUUAUCUUUACUCUCUUCCAUACAAUCUAUCCUUGCCAGCUUCCUCGAACCCUACCUGCAGCUGGUGCAACCAGGAGACACUCGACAUCUUCCACGCGGCAGCAGCAGAUCGCAGUCUACCCAUCUCAAAAACAUACGAAGAGGCCGCGCGGAUCGUCAACAAUCUAUGUGACCCUGAUUGGGUCAACGGCACGUUGCCCGAAGCCGUCUCGCAUGCUGCCCCUGCGGCUCUGGCUCCCCUCGCCAUGCUCGGCCUGGGUAUGCUCUUGCUGUUUUGAGCGGGAGGACGGGAGCCUGAUGCAGCAUCGUCUUUGCCAUGAUACCCUGUCUUUCCCGAUUUUGUUGACGAUACUCGCAUUCUGGCGACACGACCUUUUUUCUUUGGGGUACUAAUGAUGCGCACGCAGUCGAGGAAGGGGGGGAAAGGCACCCUCAGGAUCAGACCAAAAGCGUG